AUGUGUGCUUCUCUUCGCUUCUCGGAUGGCCAAGGCAGUGUCAUUGCUAGAGCGACGACCAGUAUCAUGAUGGUCGUUCUUCUGAGGGAGUACAUCACUGACGGUUCAACGUUAACUUGGGAGCCCAGAGACACUCGUCGAGUUUUGAUUUCACUUCUUGAUAUUCGGUGCGUCAGCACUAAGAAUGUAGUGGAGAAGUUAUCAACGAAAAGGGGUUUGGCCCUUCAGUACCCUGCAGAACAUUUCAUGCACAAGGUCUCAGGCCGAAACGGUGUCAGCUAUCGUCAUCGGCAACUUGUCGAAGAGAAGUAUGUCGACGACGAAGGGAGGUUGCUCUGGACAUGCCAAGUCGAUGGCGCAGACUGCGAUUGGAAGUCGGUCACGGUGACUAGCAGCAGAGAGCUUUCUGCUACGACUCCUACCUCAAGCGAUCACAAGGAUGUGAACUCUCAUUGA